UUUAUUAUUGUAAUUUAUUUGUUUUUUUCAUUGAGGUGGCAUUUAAGCUGGGUAUUUUUAAGUGGUGUAGCUGAUUACAUGUUCUGAAUGCUGGCAGAAAGAUGCUCAAGAAUUGCCCUGAUUUCAGCUGUGAUAGAAAUAAUUUUCUUCUUUAUAAAUAUAAAAUCUAAAAAGAGUAAAAUUCUGUGUUCAUUUCAUGCACUAGUAAGAGGUUAUCUUUGAUUGUUACUGUAAUUAUUUGUCACUGUUACCUCCAUAUGGUUACUUUGUUUAAAGAUGAAAGGUAUUUACUGAUACUGAACAGGGUGCCUUGUCCCUCACAUGUGUUUACUACCUGUACAGGUGUUAAAUUGCAGUGAUGAUUACCAUGUUUGAUGACUGUGCUGGAAUUAAAUCAUAGAAGGCUCAUUAAUAUGUGUAAUAGCCACAGAGGUAUUAAAUUACGUGGUGGCAGUGUGUAUGUUUAAUCCUUGUACAGAUGUUCCAGCGAUAAUUAAUACGUUUAAAACUCGUUCAGGUGUUGAAUUACCAGAGAUAACUAAUAACAGAGGUGAGGAGAGGGAGCAAUUGUCACCUGCCACUGUGCCCAAACCGUUCUCCUUUUCUUUAGCUAGCUGGAAAACCUGCAGCCUGAGAUUAAAGAACUUGCCCAGCGCCUUCGUUAUGAAGUUUCAGUGCGUGGAAAGCAGCUAGGGUGGUCUGAAAAGGUGGCCAGGUUCCACUUCGCCAAGAACAUGCGGAGGAUUGUCACGGAGCUGUACGUCCGGGACAACUGCCACCCCUUCAAGGCCACCGUGCUGCUGUGGGUGCAGGUCCCCAUGUGGGUCUGCGUGUCCCUGGCUCUGCGCAACUGCAGCGUCGGCGCCCUGGGCCCGGCAGUACAAGAACAGUUUUCCUCAGGAGGAGCACUGUGGUUUACAGACCUGACGGCGCCUGAUUCCACGUGGAUUUUGCCAGUUGCCCUGGGGCUGGUGAAUUUGCUGGUGGUGGAGAUCUUUGCUUCCCAAAGGAAAGUGCCACUUUCCCGGUUCCAGAAGCUUGUUACGCACUUUUUCCGUGCGGUGUCCGUGGUGAUGAUCCCUAUUGCUGCCACAGUGCCCUCCGUGAGUACCAGGGUGACCUCUGGGACAUCACCUGUGGCUGCUCUGUUCUGGAGUUUCAAGGGCAGCCUAAAGGCCUCAAGUGUUUCCUAUUUCUACUGCUGCGUGCUUAAAAAAAGUCAGAUGUUCUGUCCAUGUGUAUGUUUAUAUCUUGUUGCCUUUGAAAUAUUUUUGCUCAAGGAGGAAGACUUUGCAAACUUGAAAGGAGUUGAUGUCUUUCAUGUAGUCUGAAAAAGGAGAGGAAAGGUUUAUGUAACGACACAUAGGCAAAUGUUUGUUAACAGGAAACCAGGGUAGUUCUUGAAUUAGGAAAUUUUCUUUCUUCAAACACUUCUCAUUUUUACCAGGUUUUCUACUUCGCAGUAUUCUUAGCAAAAACAAAGUGUCUGGUUGUUUGGCUCAAUCAUAGUUUCAAAUACAGGAGUUGAAGCAAGCUUAAUAUGAAUUAAUUUAAGAACUGUCAAGCCUCAGUGUAGAUGGCACUUUUCCCCAGAAGAGUUCAGAGACAGACAGUUCCAUGUCACAUGGAAGCCAUUAUAUUGCAGAUGAGAGGAGGAGUGUUUUAGGUGAGUUAUUUUUAUCAGUUCCUGGGAGUAACCCGCAGCUGUGGUUGGGGAGGAGUUGCCUGGGGCUGGUGUGUUCCUUGCCUGCUGGGAGCUGACCUGUGCUUGUCUUGUUGCAGUCCAUGGCGCUGUACUGGCUGUCCUCGAGCCUGGUGGGACUGUGCCACAACCUCCUGCUGCGCUCUCCCGCCUUCCGC